AUGUUGCAGUUUCCAUCAACGGCCUUUGCUCUACGUCGUCACCACCACUUCUUUGAUCUAGGUGAUCCUGAGGAAAUCGUAAAAGAGAUAGAUCGUAUGGCCACUAACCAGGUGAAAGGACCGGUGCUAGUUGAAGACAUUUCCCUCUGUUUCAAUGCUCUGAAAGGCCCUCUAGUGAAUGAGUUUGCUACAUCUGUAGUUGGUUCCCCUCUAACCGAAGUUGGUGAAGGAGCUACCAAUCUUCAUGUAGACCAUGGAGUUGGUGACGAAGACCUUUCAAUGGCCAUGAAUGAAACGCAGAGUCAGGGAACCAGUGUAAGCGGUUCUGGUUCCAUUACCAAUAAUUUCACACCCGACAGUUUUGGCUGCAGUUCCGGUUCAGCUAAAAUAGGUGGGUAUCCGGUUAUACUCAUCGUUAGUUUGGAAGACUGA